AUGGCCAAGGUGCGGAUUCAGAAAGAGGCUAAAAAUGCCAAAAGCCACCUGAAAGCCCGGAUGGAUUAUUUGCAGCAGGCUGCGAGCUAUCUCCAGGAUAUCCAUCUAGAAGGCAAGACUGCGGCAGGGACCAAUACAACCAACUCCCAAACUACAUUGGCCAACAAUACGGAGCAACAAAUUAUCCCAAACACUCAUUUGAGCAAGGAUGUGGACAUGGUUCAAGUCUCUACUCGUCAAAAGGCAACAAAAAAACCUUUGACCAAUCUCUCCAGAGUCUUUAUCUCUCACAUGCGUGGCGUAUCUUUGAAGACACAGACUCGACUGUCAAUACCGGUGAAGAGAUCUCUUUGCAAGCGAUGUGAUACCACUCUCAUCGCAGGGGUCAACUGUACGCAGGAGAUUCGAAAUGAAAGUCGUGGACGCAAGAAGCCAUGGGCCGACGUGCUGGUGAUACGCUGUCUCGUCUGCAACACUGAGAAACGCUUCCCCCAGACAGAAAAGCGUAGCAAGAAGCUAUCCGAGCGGCGAAAAGAGGUGGUGCAGCAGGGGAAAGUGGAGAACCAGGAUCAGGCUGGCGCAGCGUGA